ACGGAGGGACGUUUGAAAUUAAACAAGCAGCGAGUGGAAGUGUGAGCCAGCUAUCAUUGAGGUCGAAUUAUCACGAUUAAACUAUCUGGUCUGAUAUUUACCCGUGGUUAUCUCUUCAUAGCAUCGGAUCGACAUUCAAAAAGAGUUAUAUUUCGAUAGCAUUGUCUUGCUGCGACGUAAAACGGAUAUUCAUGGAGUAAGACACAAAUAUCAACUGACCGACGUAGCUGCUAGCUAACGUUAGCUACCUGCUUCAGAGCUGUUGUGGAUUUGUAUUCUAGAGAAGUGUCGCUCAGUGGUUUCUUUUCGGUGAUUGUGCAACGAAGCUAACAUACAAAGAAUAUGGACUCUGCUGCCCGGCUCAAGCUGACAAAAGACCUAAAACCUCUGAGGACUGACAUCAAGCCUAAUACUGAUGGCCCAAAGCGAGUUCCUGUGUCCCAACAGUCCCAGAUGACUAAGAUGGCAGUUGUUACACCAACUGCACAACACCGUGUCCUAGGCGUAUCAAAUGGACCUCAGCGCAUUCAAAGGCUUGCUAGCCACCAGAAACCAGCCUCUCAUGUCCCUGUUAUUUCCAAGCCAUCCAACCCUGCCAGUCAGAAUGUGAAACCUGCUAAUCAGAAGGGACAUCCAACGCCACAGCCCAAACAUGGUCCCCAGCCAAACCAGCCAAAGACAAAUGUGCCCAAGGUGAACCCAGAGCCAGCAAAAUCACCAUCGGAACCAGCAAAGCAGGAAAAGCCUCAGAACGAAACUGCCAAGAUUGAUUCUGUAAAAUCAUCUUCAUCAAGCAAACGAUGGAGCUUGGAAAACUUUGACAUCGGCCGCCCUUUGGGGAAGGGUAAAUUUGGCAACGUGUACCUGGCCAGGGAGCGACAGAGUAAGUUCAUCUUGGCCCUGAAGGUGCUCUUCAAGAAGCAGCUGGAGAAGGCUGGGGUGGAGCACCAGCUGAGAAGAGAAGUGGAGAUCCAGUCUCACUUAAGGCACCCCAAUAUCCUCCGCCUCUACGGCUACUUCCAUGAUGCAUCUCGUGUGUAUCUCAUCCUUGAGUUUGCGCCCAAGGGUGAACUGUACGGUGAGCUGCAGCGCUGUGGAAGUUUUUCUGAGGAAAGGAGUGCAACAUACAUCAUGGAGCUGGCAGAUGCCCUCAACUACUGCCACUCUAAGAACGUGAUCCACAGAGACAUCAAACCAGAGAACCUCUUAUUGGGGUCUAAUGGCGAGCUGAAGAUUGCAGAUUUUGGCUGGUCUGUUCACACACCAUCCUCCAGGAGAUCCACAUUGUGUGGAACUCUCGACUACUUGCCUCCAGAGAUGAUUGAGGGGAAAACUCAUGAUGAAAAGGUGGACCUUUGGAGUCUGGGUGUCCUUUGCUACGAGUUCCUGGUUGGAAAACCUCCAUUUGAGGCUAAAACUCACGAGGAGACUUAUCGUAGGAUAUCAAGGGUGGAGUACACUUACCCUGCACAAUUCAAUAUCAGCACUGGAGCGAAAGACUUGGUUGCCAGGCUUCUGAAGCACAACCCCAUGCAAAGACUGCCCAUUGAGGGGGUCCUGUCACACCCCUGGGUGGUAGAGACCUCCACCAAAAAGCCCACUACUGUUAACAAUGAUGAACCCAGCCAAUGAGCCCUCUUGUUCCCCUCAACGCAUCAUCAGAGAGCUUUCAUGGGGAGUUGUGCACAAUAACAAUAGCUGCACAAAGGCGUUGAAAAAUAACAUCAGUGAGCAGCUAAGCUAUCAGUAUCUGCUUAUAACACUCUGCUGACUAUAACCUAUGUUUAUGAGGAUGUCCUUCUCUGUGGGUAUCCUGAGCCACUUGGUUUUCUCUUUAUGUUCAGUCUUUUUGUGAAUUUCCUCUCAUUACCAUCUGCAACUAUUGCCUGUAAAUAUGUCACUAUUUUUAUAUAAUUCUGAAAGUUUUAUCAAGCUUUUCAAAAAUUCCAUUACUUGAAAUAAAAAGUAAAUUAUCUUUCAUGGAGUUUGUCACUUUGGAAACAAACAGUUUGUGUCUGUCAUAUUAAUGUAUAAUUUAAUGCUGAAUUGUGUGCAGAUUUUAAGCUCUUGGUUUAUUCGCUCAACUUCUUGGUGUUCAAGACUUUGCACUAAAGCCCAAUGAGUGAGAUAAUGACUGUUUCAUGAGUGCUUCCUGUGUUGUGUGGCCAGCAGAGGGAGCUAAAGUACCACUGGAGCUGAACUGAGUGUUACAAAAUUUAGGGAGUAUCAUAUCUGCUGCCUGUGUUUAUAAUUAUGUUCAAUAUCAUGAGUUUGAAUUUCUGCUGCAAUAAAAAAUAGAAAGUAAA